AUUUUGACUUCAAAACAAAGAACCGCCAACCAGCAUCUUUGCUAGUCUUUGCUGUUUCAACUUAGCAUCAUUAAAAGAGAUAUAAAUAUAUUCCCAUAAUUGUCGUAAUCAAAUCUUAAAAAUUAAAACCCUUUCUUUUCUUUCGAGUUUCCCUUCAUAAAAAACGAGCUGUGAUUAGGAGGGAUGGCGCAGGAUGAUCCGAAACAAAGCGGUGGUUUCUUUGCUUCGAUCGCCAAUAGUUUGUCUAAUUUUAGUAGCGCCAUGACUAAAUCGGUCAACGGUUUAUUGGGAUAUGAAGGGCUUGAAGUUGUUAAUCCUGAAGGCGGGACUGAAGAUGCGGAAGAGGAAGCAAGGAGAGGAAGAUGGAAGCAGGAGGACAGGGACAGUUACUGGAAAAUGAUGCAAAAGUAUAUAGGAUCUGAUGUCACAUCAAUGGUGACACUUCCGGUGCUUAUUUUUGAGCCAAUGUCAAUGCUGCAGAAAAUGGCUGAGUUGAUGGAGUACUCCUACUUGCUAGAUAUGGCUGACGAAUGCGAGGAUCCCUACAUGCGUUUGGUGUACUCCACAUCAUGGGCUAUAUCUGUUUACUAUGCCUACCAACGUACCUGGAAACCAUUCAACCCUAUACUUGGUGAGACUUAUGAAAUGGUUAAUCACGGUGGCAUUACUUUUAUAGCUGAACAGGUAAUUUCUCUAAAUGGCUGCCAUUUUAAAGUCCUUAUUAGACAUUUUUCCUUGCAGGUUAGUCAUCAUCCCCCAAUGAGUGCUGGUCAUGCUGAAAAUGAGCAUUUCAUUUAUGAUAUUUCUUCUAAAGUGAAAACCAAAUUCUUGGGAAACUCAAUUGAUAUCUAUCCCCUUGGAAGGACUCGUGUGACCCUCAAAAGAGAUGGUGUAGUUCUUGAUUUGGUGCCUCCUCCCACAAAAGUUAACAACUUGAUUUUUGGACGAACUUGGGUUGACUCACCAGGGGAGAUGAUCAUGACAAACCUGACAACAGGCGACAAAGCUGUGCUAUAUUUUCAACCGUGUGGUUGGUUUGGAGCUGGUCGAUAUGAGAUUGACGGAUAUGUUUAUAAUGCUGCUGAGGAGCCACAGAUACUGAUGACUGGGAAAUGGAAUGAGUCAAUGAGUUAUCAACCUUGUGACGGUGAAGGGGAACCACUUCCAGGCACUGAAUUAAAGGAGGCAUGGAGAGUUGCUGAUGCUCCAAAAAAUGAUAAAUUCCAGUAUACAUAUUUUGCACAUAAGAUUAAUAGCUUUGAUAGUGCUCCCAAGAAGCUUUUAGCAUCCGAUUCUCGUCUACGCGCUGACAGAUAUGCACUAGAGCAGGGUGACCUCUCUAAAGCUGGUUUUGAAAAGAUGAGUUUGGAGGAAAGACAAAGAGCUGAAAAGAAAAACAGAGAGGAAAAGGGCCAUAAAUUCACUCCCAAAUGGUUUGACCUCACCAACGAAGUCGCAGCUACUCCCUGGGGUGACUUGGAAGUGUAUCAAUACAAUGGCAAGUAUGCGCAACACUGGGCUGCCAUAGAUAGCUCAAGCAGCAGUGAAGAGAUUGACAUUAUGUCGAUUGAAUUCAACCCAUGGCAGUAUGAAGAUUUGGCUGCUAACUAAAAGCGUAUCUUUGCGUAUGCUUAGCCUGUAUAAUUAUAUUCUUUAUGUUUCUUUUACACUUGGUUUAUUUGCUUAGUGUCAAUUAUAGAAAAUUACGAUAAAACUUUUUAACAUAA